GAUGAGCGAGAGGAGACAGGACAUCGAACGGAAGGGUGUUGCGCUGCGGAAAGUACCAAAUCGCCAGUCCCUGGGUUUUGGAAAACUUGUGGCGGGGAUACGUGUGGAUGGUCAUCAAGCUCUGCAGGCUGGGAUCGCCCAGCGGAAGGAUCGGCUUUUGCCGUUGCUUCUGCGGGCGAUGUGCAGCAGACGCAUCGGAUAUGGCAGGCUCCAAGACAAUCGCUUUGCGCUUUCUCGGCGCUGGCUUUGAGGCGGAGGGCAAGUUGUCUCGAUCCGUAGCGUCGUCAUCGGUCGACGCCCGCGACGACGGGGAAAAGGACGAAUCCGAGUCCGAGACCGAGACCGAGUCCGAGUUUGAGCUCUGUACUCUUGAAUCCACCCAACGGCCCAUCCCAGCCAUGGCCAGCCUGCUCGCUCCAGACACCAAGAUCAAGGUCUCCUCGGUGCUGCAAAAGGAUGUCAAGAACUACGGAAAGCAAUAUCUGACUGAUUCAAGCGACGAAACCUGCUGGAAUUCCGACCAGGGCUCUCCGCAGUUCAUUGCCAUGGAGUUUUCAGGGCUGUGUUGCCCCUCGGAAGUGGUCCUGAUGUUCCAAGGCGGUUUCGUCGGAAAGGAGUGCGAGCUCCUCGUUUCCCAGGACGGCGGAUGGGUCCAUGUGAUGGACUUUUAUCCCGAAGACAGCAACAGCGCCCAAAGCUUUGCAGUGCCGGAGCCGAGCCAGAAGAGCGGCCAGAGGUUCAAGAUUGUCUUCAAGUCCAGCACCGACUUUUACGGCCGGAUCACAGUCUACAAACUGGAUGUGCUUGGGAGCAGGCUAUGAGCCGCACCGGCCGGCCACGGCCCAUCCACACCUUCGAAUGCAAUGCAAUACAGAUGCGGCCAAUGGCCCACUCUGCCUCGAUCUCCCUGCCCGCCUCCAGCGUCGACGGCUUCUUGAGCAGCAGCAUUCCAACACCAGUUGCCAGCUUUCCAGGGCCACACCACGGCCCAGCUCGCCCGUCGCCCAUUGGACAGAGGGCAUCACGGGA